CAGUCAACAUUUGUCAUACAAACCGAAAGUACCGGUAUCCAGUAUAAUAUUAUUAUUGUGUUAUUUUGUAAAAUAUUAAAAGCUUGCAAUAAUGUCUUCUAGAUCUGAUCAGUUUUUCUCGGAUGUUGACAAAGCAAUGUCCUUGUCUACCCAAUAUGGCUGGCCAUUUAUGCAUUUUAUGCUACAUGAUACCACUUUGACCUUCACCUGUCAACAUGACCAGGACGGACCCAAGGAAUAUUCUUUGUGUAUCUCCCCAGAUGAUUAUCCACAAAACAGUGUUCUCACAGACCAUGCCAAAAAUGAGACUACAAACCUUGUACAUAAACCAAUCCAUGUGUUGUUGCUUCAACUUCGAGAUGAGCUGUUUUGUAAACAGAAGAAGGAGAGUACAGAGAAUGAUACGGACAUCGGCUACAAUCGGUUGAAUAGAGAAGAGUCGGACGAUUCUGACUACAAGGAAUGUGUGUCUGGUGGUGAUGAUGAUGAUGAUGAUGAGGAUUAUGACGGAUACUAUGUUAUGGAAGAUCAUCUAAAUGAUGAAAUAGAGAAUGAUCAAGAGGCGGCCGAAUCGGAAAAAAUAAAUAGCCAUUUGGCUGAGGACAUGGACAAAGUUCAUCUUCUCUAUGGAGAUGAUUCCCUGUCAUACAGAUUGUUGGAGUCUAUUGGUGAAAUUGAUGUAGAGAUGAAUAUACCAAUAUCAUUCCUUUAUGCUGAUACUGCUGAAGCAUGGAAUCUUGAUCUACACAAGCCACUGACUGUGAGAUUGCACCUGUCAUCUGUUCACUACCUCGAUCAGAAAGAUCCUCCAGAUGUAGAAGUUUUUCAACCCUCAAGAAAAGGAAAAUUUGGAUUGGGGUGUCAACUUAGAAAGUAA